AUGACCAUUCAAGUGGGCUGUGCCAACAGCGGGAUCACGCUGAGCAGCAGCUCCAGGGACAGUCAGGGUUCGCUGGCUGUCAGUCCUUUGACAGACACACUAGAUUGUCACGGGGCAGAUUCAGCUCGAGAAACCACUGACUUCCCUGAUAGCCAGACCUUUGGACUUGAAGUAUGCAGCAAGCUUUCCUGGUUCUUCAGCUUGCAGAAAGCAGCUGCCAGUUCGGAGACUCUGAAGUGUGAAGGACCUUUCAGCACGGAGCAGAGCAGCUGCCACACGGAGGAGGAGGAGGAGGCGGCGGAGGCGGAUGUGACCCUUUCCAGUGACAUCGACUUCCAGGUCAAGGGCUACAAGUUCAGUAAACCCUUCCAUCUGAUCGUUUCCUAUGACUGGCUGAUCCUGCAAGGUCCAGCUACAUCCAUAUUUGAAGGAGACCCACUGGUUCUGCACUGUCGUGCCUGGCAAGACUGGCCACUGACUCAGGUCAUCUUCUACCGAGAGGGCUCAGCGCUGGGUCCUCCUGGACCUAAAAGAGAAUUCUCUAUCGAUGUGGUGCAAAGGUCAGACAGUGGGCAGUACCACUGCAGUGGCAUCUUCAGGAGCCCUGGUCCUGGCAGCCGAGAGGCUGCAUCCCCUGUGGCCAUCACAGUCCAAGAAUUGUUCCCAUCCCCAGUUCUCAAAGCCUUACCGUCUAGUGAGCCCCAAGAGGGAGGCUCAGUGACCCUGAGCUGUCAGACAAAGCUGUCCCUGCAGAGGUCAGCUUCCCGCCUCCUGUUCUCCUUCUACAAGGAUGGAAGGCCACUGAGUAUCAGGGGCGUCUCUUCAGAACUCCAGAUCCCCAAGGCUUCAGAAGAGCACUCUGGCUCCUACUGGUGUGAGGCAGCUACUGAGGACAGGCAAAUUUGGAAGCAGAGCCCUCAGCUGGAGAUCCGGGUGCAGGCUCUUCAGAAAUCAACUGCUUCAGAAACUUCUCCUGCGGAGCCCCCUGCUCCUCUGCCUCCACCACCCGCUCCUUCUGCUGAGCACCCGGGAUUCUCCUCUGCAGACCCUCACUUACAUCACCAGAUACGCCUUCUUCUCAAGCAAAUGCAGGAUGUAAAAGUUCUCCUUGGUCAUCUGGUCAUGGAGCUGAGGGACUUGACUGUCUACCUGAAGCCUGGGGUCACAAACGCUGCUGACAAGUGAAAACAAGCCAUCCAUCUGGGACAUGCUCAACCACUGCAACAAGUCCAGCUCUUUCUGUUCUGCGUGUAUGUAGAAAUAGUUCUGCAAGCUGUCCUGGUACUUUGUUAGAAUAAAGAAGCUGGUUGAGUGUAAA